UACCGAGGGCUGUUUUGCGAUGCUGGUGAUAAAGCCACGCCAGGCACAGAAAGAAACUAUCACACCGGAUAUUAUGAUGAGAUGCUACCGCGAUAUACUGAGAAAGUGCUUCUCUCAAAUCAAAGCUUGGGCGCCCAUGCAGUUUUUAUUUUGUUUUUUAUCCGGUUUUUCGGUCUUGUGCAUAUCCUUUCUCCGAUAAUGCUCUCCAUUAGAAUCACUUUCUCAGAGGAUUCGUUCGGGAUGCUUUUGUUUUCUAGAUAUCUUCCACACAUCCUGCGAUCUGUGUUGUGAAUGUCACGGGUGUGAUCAAAAAUAUAUACAGAGGAACGGAAGUUCAUCGCCAUUCUAUUGAAGAAAUCCGACUCCACUCUCAAAAGCAAAAAGCAGAAUUUUUACUGUUUAAAAAUGUGUGGAAUAUUUAGGAAUCUGGAUGUUGCAUAAAAUAAUAUCGGAUGGUAAUUAAUGACAAUGGAAUUAAGUGGUUAUUGAGAAAUUUACAUUCGAAUGAAAUGAAUUUAUUUUAGAAAGUGGAACUUACAGAAUGAUUCUUAUUUGUUUAUUCAGUAAGUUUGCCAAUGGAUUAUAGUAUUACAGAGCUGAAAAAGGUUCAGCUACCAAUGAAUCUUACGGAUUAUCCUCAGAUUUUACCAGAGAGGCCAUCAACAGCGACAUGCGUGCUGGCUACAUUUUGCUGCAUUUUAUUCAUCUUUCUUGGUUGUGUCGGGAACCUGAUGACCAUAAUUGCUUUGACGAAAUGUCGCAAGCUUCAUAAUGCUACCACUGCUUUUGUUGUCAGCCUCGCUGUUGCUGAUUUUCUGUUUUGUGCUGUAUGUCUUCCUCUGACGGCAACACGCUACAUAUAUAAAGAAUGGAUUCUCGGUGACGAACUUUGCACCCUGUUUCCCUUCUUUUUUUAUGGAAAUGUUGCAGCCUCUCUCAUGUCAAUGACAGCUAUUACUUUUAACAGGUUUGUGCUCAUCAACUGUUAUUCUGUGUAUAACAAAAUCUACAGCCGACUGAAUGUUGCUUGCAUGAUAGUUUUCUGUUGGGCCUUCAGUUACUUGAUUCUUCUGCCAACCCUAACUGGACAGUGGGGGAGAUUUGGCUACAACUCGGCUUCUUUUUCUUGUACCAUACUGAAGAAUGAAGACGGAAGAUCGCCAAGGAAGUUUUUGUUUUCCUUCGGAUUUCUGCUGCCAACCAUCACCAUCAUUAUAUGCUAUUCAUGCAUUUUUUACAAAGUACGCAGCAGCACUCUGAAGCUACUGUCACACAGUGGUGGCGAAAAUUCGAAAAGGAACUCCAGACUAUGGCCAAAACGAAGAGAAGAAAUUCGAGUGACUUUCACCAUGCUCACUUGUUUUUGCACAUUUCAAAUUUGCUUCUUGCCUCUCAUGAUCAUGAAUGUGUUUGAGGAGAGUAUCAGAUAUCCUGUUCUGCAUACUCUGGCCUCUAUUUUAGCGUGGAUGUCGGCCUGCACCAAUUCCUUCAUCUACGUGCUGCUCAACAGGCAUUACCGCGAUGCUUACGCACAGCUUCUCUGCUCCUGGAAGAUGGUGAACGCGAGCAGGAACACCUCCUGUGACGGUGCGUCUGCAGCUUCGAAAAUCACUCAGCUGCGUACUGUAUGCGACGAUCAAGUCAAAUCAUCUCAAUUAUCUGUUUCUAACGAUCAUGCUGUGUAAGACUCUC